CGCUGCUGCCGGCCCUGGGAACCCGCAGAGCGGAGCAUGGAGCGGCCGCGGUCCGGGGCUUUGCUCCGCCCCUGGAAGCUGCUCCGCUGAGUGCGGCGCGAAGCUGAGCGGCUGGCGAGAGGGACCGGGACCCUCACCCCUCCUCGGUCGGGAGAGAGCGGGCCCGGGGAUGGCGCCCCGGUGCCGGCGCUCCUGGCUGAGCGUGUUACUGGGCCUGGUGCUCGGCUUCGCGCUGGCCUCCUGGCUCGUCCUCCCUCGCGCCCCCGGACUGGGGCAGGCGCAGCGCCAGUGGGUGCGAGCCGUGUGCGGCCGCCAAGGACCCGGGGCCGGCCAACUACACCCGUCGUCGCCGUCGGCCUCCGAAGCCUCGGCCUCGCGCUUCAUGUACGUGGGGGUGAUGAGCGCCAAGAAGUACCUGAGGAGCCGGGCGCUGGCGGCCUACCGGACCUGGGCCCGGCACAUCCCCGGCCGGGUGGAGUUCUUCUCCAGCGAGGGCUCGGACCUGAGCCUGCCGCUGCCCCUGGUCGCCUUGCCCGGCGUGGACGACACCUACCCGCCGCAGAAGAAGUCCUUCCUGAUGCUCAAGUACAUGGCGGAGCGGCACCUGCAACAAUUCGAGUGGUUCGUGCGGGCCGACGACGACACCUACAUCCGCGGCGAGAAGCUGGAGAGCUUCCUGCGGGGCCUCAACAGCAGCCAGCCGCUCUACCUGGGCCAGACCGGCCUCGGCGCCCCCGAGGAGAUGGGCAAGCUGGCGCUGGAGCCGGGCGAGAACUUCUGUAUGGGCGGCCCGGGCGUCGUGCUGAGCCGGGAGCUGCUGCGCCGGGUGCUGCCUCACAUCGGGCAGUGCCUGCGGGAGAUGUACACCACUCACGAAGACCUGGAGCUCGGCCGCUGUGUGCGCAGGUUUGCCGGCGUGCAGUGCGCUUGGUCGUAUGAGAUGCAGCAGUUGUUUUAUGAAAACUAUGAACAGAAUAAGAAGGGCUAUAUACAGAACCUCCACAACAGCAAGAUCCAGCGGGCAAUCACUCUACAUCCGAACAAGAGCCCAGAGUAUCAAUACCGGCUUCACAGCUACAUGCUGAGUCGUCGGAUCUCGGAGCUUCGCCAUCGCACUAUCCAGCUUCACCGGGAGAUUGUGCUGAUGGGCAAAUACAGCAACACUGAACUUCACAAAGAUGACAUUCACUUGGGAAUUCCACCUUCCUUCAUGCGGUUCCAACCUCAGCACAGGGAAGAGGUUCUGGAAUGGGAGUUCCUGACGGGGAAGUACCUUUAUUCAGCAUUUGAUGGAGAGCCACCGAGAAGAGGGAUGGAUUUGUCUCAGAAAGAAGCUUUGAAUGACAUUGUCAUGCAGGUGAUGGAAAUGAUCAAUGCGAAUGCUAAGUCCAGGGGACGGAUUAUUGACUUUAAAGAAAUUCAGUACGGUUACAGAAGGGUUAACCCUAUGUAUGGAGCAGAGUAUGUACUUGACCUGCUCCUUCUCUAUAAAAAGCACAAGGGAAAGAAGAUGACUGUCCCAGUGAGGAGGCAUGCUUACCUGCAGCAAACUUUCAGCAAGGUCCAGUUUUCUGAGAGUAAAGAGAUUGAUGCGACAGAUUUGGCCAACAGCAUUAACAGGAUCUCUCAAUCUUUCUCCAUCCUCUCAAACCCACUGAAGAUAUUUGUUCCCUUCCAACUUGGAGCAAGUAAUGUUGGGCAAGAGAAGCCCAAAGACCAGAAAAUCAACAUCUUGGUCCCUCUGUCUGGUCGUUUUGAAAUGUUCGUGAGAUUCAUGGAAAACUUUGAAAGGACUUGUCUGAUUUCAAAUCAAAAUGUCAAAUUAGUUAUAUUGCUACUCAAUUCUGAUUCCAAUCCAGAUAAAGCAAAGCAAUUGGAAUUGACAAGAGAUUAUCAAGUGAAAUAUCCCAAAGCAGAGAUCCAGGUUCUUCCAGUACCUGGAGAGUUUUCCAGGGCUCUUGCGCUGCAUUACGGAGCUGCCCAGUUUAGUAAUGAUUCUCUACUUUUAUUUUGUGAUGUUGACUUGAUUUUUUCAAUAGAUUUUCUGCAGCGUUGCAGAAAUAAUGCUGCACCAGGGAAGCAAGUGUACUUCCCAGUUAUCUUUACCCAAUUUGACCCAAAGAUUGUACAUGCAGGGAAAUCUCCCAAUAAUAACAAUUCUGCUUUUACAAAAAAUACUGGAUUCUGGAGAUAUUAUGGGUUUGGGAUCUCAUGCAUUUACAAAAGUGAUCUUUUACUUGCUGGUGGAUUUAACAUCUCAAUCCAAGGCUGGGGAAUGGAGGAUGUGGAUCUCUACAACAAAGUCAUUCAGGUUGGUUUAAAACCAUUCAGGAGUCAAGAAGUCGGAAUCGUUCACAUCCACCAUCCAAUCUACUGUGAUCCAAACUUGGAACCAAAUCAGUACAAAAUGUGCUUGGCCUCCAGAGCCUCAACCUACGGCUCCACACAGCAGCUGGCAGAACUGUGGUUAGAGAAACAGCAGUCCAGUCCCAGCAACAUCAGCACACUUGAUAGUUCAAAGAGGACAGCAUAACAUCCAGCUUAGCUGGAGAACUUUCUAAUUUAUUUUUUAAUGUUUUUAUAAAGCAAAUUGAUUAUAUUGUACAUAAUUGUUUUACAGAAAACAUUUUACAUUGAAUAAUGGAACUGAGUGUUCACAUCAGUGUUGCUGGCUGCACAGGCCCUAUUUAAUAUGCUAGUGAAUGUUAGGAUGAUUAAAGAAUUACAUUGUUUAAUGUACAUUGCUCCAGUUAGAGCAUGGAGGUGGGGUAACGGGAAUCAACCCAAUAUCAUGACUGUCCAGCUCCCCAAAAUUUUCUAGAUCUAACUUUUAUAAUGUGAAUGAUUUGGCUAUAAUAUUUAAAAGGGUUUGAGCCCACUUAAUUGUCAGGCUAUUGCACACUGACUAAGUUGUUAAUCCAUAACUUUUUGACAUUUAGUCAAUGAACUAGUGUAUCAAGAUUUCAUUUGGUUGUUAACUUUGUUCCUUUUUUGUCAGAGUGUAUAGAUUUUAGACGGCAACCUUGUGAAGUUAUGACUAAGUUAUGAUUAGUUUUUCAAUGAAUGUGUAUAUCUAGGAGGGCUUGGCUUUUUUGUGGAGGUACUUGAUUGGUGGCUCGCUGAUUUGAGUCAGUCAUUUCUGUGAUUCUCUUAUCAUUGCCAUGCCAUUCUCCCAUUGCCGAAUGUUGCUGGUUUGUUUUGGCCCCUCUGCAGCAACUUCAACUUGUAGUUGUGUUCUAAGUCGCAUGCACACAGCCGUUUUUUUUUAAAAAAGUAUUGUUUUCAUCUGCCGUACAAGCCCUCCUCCACAACUUAAGCUCCUCCAUUCAUGUAGUACACUUAUUUGAGCCAUAGAUCUAGAAUGUAGGGAUUUUUAAUACUUUUAUAAUGUUUGCAUAGAAAGGAAAUACAGGUUCAUCCUUUAAAUUGAUGACUUUCCUCAGGAUGCAGACUCCAACACUCCAUCCUGAUCACAAAGUGUAGACUUUGGCCUUUGAUUUGGCCAUAAAAUACUUCACAGGCAAUUCAAGCAGAGGGGAAUGAACCAUAUCUUUAAGAUUGCUGUCUCGUCUUUGUGUGCAUUAUUCGCAGAGCUGCCUUUUCUCUGAAAGCUGAUUUUUUUUUCUCUUCAAGCCAUCACCAUCUAAUGUUCUUGUACUGGUGCUUGAUUUUGAAAAUUCUACCUCGUCGUCCAGUUCUUCCAUUGAAUACGUUUCUUUACUUAGAUUGUGGAUCCAACACUGCAAGGCCACCCUCCCAACAGUCAAUCCCUUCCCAACUGAUGUCAGUCCAGCUUUUUUUUAUAAAAAGUAUUUCAUUUGAGCCCAAGUGAGCUCCCUAGACAUCUGUAUAUGUGUGUAGCUAUUCAUUUACUGCAAACCGAGUUAACCAUGGGAUGCUUUAUUAGAGCUAACGUUGAAGGAAAAGUUGUCAAGAAGAAAAUGUUUGUAUAUGUAUUGAUGGAGUGUUGGAGCAAUGUUUAUUGAUGGUGUGAUCUCAAGAACUGAGUUGUUAUGGAAACAACGAUAGAAAAAAACUUUCAGAAGAAAUGGGCUCUUCACUCAAAAAUGGAGGUAGUUUAAUAGUGGCUUCAAUGUAACACUUUAAAUUUUCAAAAGCUAUGGUUGAUUUCCUUCUUUCACUUUGCAUGGUUGUCUUCUGAUCUCAUCUUUAUGACAUUUCAAUAUUUUGUAGCAUUAAUUUGCAGAAAAGUCUAACCAAGGCCAAUAGAUUCUUUGUUAAUUGAUAAGGUGGUACCUGAACAACUGAUCUUGCAACCUCACCACAUACAGGGUACACUUGUGUGCUUCUUUGUCAAAUAUUAAUCGUUUAAGCCUCUUUCCAUAUUUUCUGCCAACCCCUGUGAGUUAAGCUUAGUGAGUUUCAUCGGCAGAAGAAGAUGAGAACAUCCAAAGAAAUACUGAAGUCAUUCAGCAAGAACUUUGUAGAAAUUUAACAAUCCUUUAACUUUCCAGUAACUGCCUCAUGGUUUCAAGAGCUAGCUGCGCACAAAUCUAGGUUAAUUUUCCAGUCCAGAACAGAAUAUUGCACAUGUGCAUUCUAAUAGAUAAGAGCCAUAGCUUGUUAUCAACAAAAAAAAAUCCCAUCCAUACUAUUUCAGUGACUGGGAAAAUGCUCAUAGACUCACUUUUUAAAUAUUUAAAUAGAAAUGGAUCAACCGAAUGUGGAAUUACAAAUGUUUGUAGUUUCUACGUUGCCCUUCAGUUUUCUCAUUCUUUGAUUAUGUUUUGUGUGACAUACAAAAACUCUUGUUCCACAAUACCAUUUCCACAUUAACAAGUGAAGAAAGCUGUUUCAAUUUGCUCUGUAAUAAUCAUUCAUUUUAUUAAAGUGCCCUGGAUCCUGAAGCCUUCCCCUAGACAAUGUAUCACAUAUUGGAGUUGCAAGCCACAGUUUUAUUUUGGAUCAAUGUGGAGAGGCCUAGAUUUGUUUACACUGGGAGGUCCUAACUGAUGUCCCAGACAGUAUCAUAUACCUUGUCAAUUGUUUCCUGCUUGUUAUUUCAGAGUCUAGCACCUUGUAGAGUAUUGUCAUGAAAACUGAACCCUUAGUGUGCCAUCUUUACUACUUCCAUUUUCCAUUAUCUAUACAUAUUAAGCUAAUUACUUGUCACACCAACUAGGAUUUUAAGGGAAAAUUUCUAAACUAUAUUUUGCUUUGAACAUAGAUCAAUUAUAUGCAGUGGAAACUUAAGUGCGAGAAACUUAAUUUUGUUUGUCAAAGAUUUGCAGUUUCAAAUUGGAUGUGUUCGCAAUUUUGAGGAAGACUAUUUUCAUAGCCAAAAUAUCUCCACAUCUGUAGUGAGUCUCACAUUGGGACAAUUAGUUUAUUUUUAGGUUUUAAACUGUGAUGCAAUUUAAUAUUUAUCUAUUAUUUUCCAUCUUUUGCAUUGCACGUUUGUAACUUUAAAGCUCCAUGCAAAAUUCUUAACUCCUUUGUACUUGUGUACAUUCUGGUUUAUUAAAUUUGAAUAAAGUUCAAGUUUUGUUUUGAUUUAUCAAU